UUACUACAGAAUGUCGAACCCGUUCGAUUAGGUUAUGGUAAAUAAAAAAGCGAUGCCAUGGUGUAUCUAAAUUAUAUAUGGUUAAUUCUUUCUCUCGGAAUUAUUUUAGGAUUUAUUGUUAUAAAUAGCGAACGAUUAAAGUUGAAUUUAGUAUUAAAUUUAUAUGUCUUUGGAAAACUAAGAAAUUUGCAGGAAUUUAGUUUGACCUCGCACUUUCUUCAAGUCCCGAAAAGAUGGUUCUGGCAUUUCUACUGCAGUGGCCUUCUUAUACACUCUGCCCUGCUGACUGUGAUGGUGUAUUCGGUAUUCGUUGCGGACAAAUUCCCUGAAGAAGUUUCUCUUUUUCUGGGAUACAUUAGAAUCCCAGCAUCAGAGUCAGAGUUGCUCCCUCCUGCCCAGAUCCUGGCGGUUUUGUUGAUGGGUGAAGUACAGAUGAUUCGACGACUGACCGAGUGUAUUUUUGUCAACAGCUACUCGGCUAGCACCAUGAGUGUCGUUAUCUAUCUGACCGGGGUCUUUUUCUACUGCUUCCAGGGAAUCAGUAUUGUCUGCCUCAUGCAGGAGAAAACUCUCACACUUAGUGCUAUCUGGAGUGAUCUCCAGUGGUACAACUACCUGCUCAUCACCAUGUUCCUCUACUUUAGCUACAAGCAGCAUAUUCUCAACAACAUUUUGUCCAGUCUCAGGUGUAAUGAGCAAGGUGCUGUGGUCACCGACAAGCACCUGAUACCAGAGGGGGACCUGUUCCAGCACUCGUCCUGUCCCCACUUCUUCAUGGAGAUCCUCAUCUACAGCGUCUACUGUGCCAUGUUCUGGUGGAGACACACCAUGUGUAACUCCGUCGGGCUCUUUGUGUUGGUGAACCAGCUUUUGGCCGGACAUCUUGCUCAUAGAUGGUAUCAGGAGAACUUCCCUAAUUAUCCAAGGGAGAGAACCCCUGUUAUACCUCUUGUUCAUUAUAGCAGACUGGCAGGGGUUCCACCACCAAAGAAAAAGAAAUGCUAGUCCCUACUCAGAAAAUUCUUGCAUAUUUGUUAGAGAAUUUUCAUUUCUAUGAAAAUUUAUUUUAAGGCAGGAAAUACUUUCUAGUCUGAACUAUUCAGGAAAAUUAUGCAUACAUGUAAGUUGUUCUUCAUAUUUUUUUCUGUGCAAAUUUAUAUCAAAAUCAGGGGGAAAUUUUCUAAUCAUACUUGUGAAUCAUUUUUCAUUGUCUUAUUUUUAAUUCAAAUUAAUAAUAAGGGAAAAGCAUGCUAAUCACUUCUUGGUAACAGUAAGUGGGUACAUUAGAUGUGGAUUUUGCAUGAAUUUAGACACAAAAAAAAGGUUGAAAAAUUCCUUAUUUGUAAACAAUAUGCACAU